GGGAGGUUUCUGCCACAACGCGGUGUUAAAAUCAGCUCUGGGUAUGGACGUAAAUCUGCUGGGGUUGGAAAAUCGUCUCAACCAUGUGAAAUGAGAAGCUACUGGUCAAAUGGACAGUCAUUCUGUGGGCAGGACUGAGAAGUGUUUUACCAUGCUGUGGACAGGCUUGACAUGGAUACGGCUCAAGGUUGCCCACUCGAUGGCUUUGGGCACUCUGCUGCUCCUCCUCCCUUUCCUUCAGGUGGUCACCACAUCGUGCCCCAAAAGCUGUAAGUGUCUGGAUAAAAAUGGGAUGAAGUUUGUGCAGUGCACUGAUAAGAACUUGAAGGAAAUCCCAGCGGACAUCCCAGCCGAUACCGUGACACUGCACCUGGACUCCAACAAGAUAACCAAAAUACCCAACAAUGCCUUCAAGGACCUGUACUUACUCAAAGAACUGGAUUUAUCUAAGAACGCCAUUGAGUUAAUUGAUAUUGGAGCAUUUAAAGGAAUCUCCGAGGGUCUUAAAAUGCUUGAUCUUUCGAGUAAUAACAUCCAGAGUGUACCAAAGGAAGUCUUCAGUAAAAUUAAAGCAAAGAUCCGACUCUCUGACAACCCAUGGCACUGUGAGUGUUUGCUCCAACAGGUCAUUGAAGAGUUGACCCUGGACCCGGAGACAGUCAAUGAGUUUAUCUGCCAGUCCUCAGUGCAGGAUGAGUACACAGGCAAACCCCUGAUCCAGGUGCUCAACUCAGGUAUCAAUUUCUGCAACAUUCACCAGAAGACGACGGACAUCGCCAUGUUCAUCACCAUGUUUGGCUGGUUUACUAUGGUCAUCUCCUACAUCGUGUACUAUGUGCGUCAGAACCAGGAGGAUGCCAGACGCCACCUGGAGUACCUUAAGUCGCUGCCCAGUACCCAAAUCACCAAGGAGUUUGACACUAUCAGUACUGUACUGUGAGCUGCUUCCCCAGCGCAGUGACACCUACUCAACCUUAAUG